AUGUCAGCUCCAGUUAUCCCAAAGACCCAAAAGGGUGUUAUUUUCUACAAAAACAACGGUCCAUUGGAAUACAAAGAUAUCCCGGUCCCCGAGCCUAAGGGAAAUGAGAUUUUGAUCAACAUCAAAUACUCGGGUGUGUGCCACACGGAUUUGCACGCCUGGAAGGGUGACUGGCCAUUGGCUACCAAAUUGCCUCUGGUCGGAGGUCACGAGGGUGCCGGUGUUGUCGUCAAGUUGGGCGCCAACGUCAAGGGCUGGAAGGUUGGUGACUUGGCCGGUGUCAAGUGGUUGAACGGCUCUUGUAUGUCCUGUGAGGAAUGUGAGUUGUCCAACGAGUCCAACUGUCCGGAAGCGGACUUGUCCGGUUACACGCACGACGGUUCUUUCCAGGAGUACUGUACCGCGGAUGCCGUGCACGCUGCCAGAAUUCCAAAGGGAACCGAUCUAGCCGAAGUCGCUCCAGUUCUAUGUGCCGGUAUCACCGUGUACAAGGCCUUGAAGUCAGCUGAGUUGAAGGCCGGUGACUGGGUCGCCAUCUCCGGUGCAGCCGGUGGUCUAGGUUCUCUAGCCACCCAAUACGCCAAGGCCAUGGGUUACAGAGUCUUGGGUAUCGAUGGUGGUGACGAGAAGAAAGACUUCUUCCUAAGCUUGGGAGGUGAGGUCUUCAUCGAUUUCACGAAAUCCAAGGAUGUCAUUGCCGACGUCCUUGCCGCCACUCACGGUGGUGCCCACGGUGUCAUCAACGUUUCCGUCUCUGAAGGUGCCAUCACUGCUUCCACCAAGUACUGUAGAGCCAAUGGUACUGUUGUCUUGGUCGGUCUACCUGCCGGUGCCGUCUGCAAAUCCGAAGUCUUCAACCAAGUCGUGAAGUCCAUUCACAUCGUCGGUUCGUACGUCGGAAACAGAGCUGACACCAGAGAGGCUUUGGACUUCUUCACCAGAGGUUUGAUCAAAUCGCCAAUCAAGGUCGUUGGUCUAUCCACAUUGCCAGAAAUCUAUGAGAAGAUGGAGAAGGGUCAAAUCGUUGGUAGAUACGUUGUUGACACCACCAAAUGA